UGAUUUCUAAGAAACAGAAGUUCUUGAGUUGUAGUCUGGUGUUCCGGAAAUGGCCAAUUUUUGGCCUCGCCUGAUUUGUGCCUUGGCUUUGUGCUUGAUUGCUGCUAAUGUAGCUGCUGAAGACGAGCCUCACACUCCUCACAAUCCUAAUACUUUUGCAUCCCCACCUUUUCCAUCAUCACUACCUCCUUAUUACUAUAAAUCACAGCCACCGCUCCCACCUUUUCCAUCAUCACUACCUCCUUAUUACUAUAAAUCACUGCCACCGCUCCCACCUUUUCCAUCAUCACUGCCUCCUUAUUACUAUAAAUCACUACCACCGCUGUCACCUCUGGCUCCAUCUCCAUCUCUUCCUCCGUGGUAUUACUACAAGUCACCACCACUACCUUCACCAUCACCCCCUCCUCACUACGACUAUAAAUUACCUCCUCCUCCAUCAACAUCUCCUCAACCUCCUUAUUACUAUAAGUCCCCACCUCUACCAUCUCCUUCCCCACCUCCUCCUUACUACUACAAAUCACCACCACCACCUUCUCCAUCCUAUUACAAGUCCUCACCUCCUCCAUCUCCAUCUCCUCUUCCACCAUACCUCUACAAAUCCCCACCACUACCUUCGCCAUCACCCCAACCACCAGUCUACUACCACAAGUCACCACCCCCUUCCUCUCCUUCACCUCCUCCACCAUAUUACUAAAUGAAUUGCAUCUUCUAGUUUCAUAUUAUAGGAUAGAUAGAAUGAAUAAUUGAUAUCAGAAGGAACAGGAAGAUCUUUUGGGGGUACAACGACUACUAAUAUCAAAGAAAGACAGCCAGUUCAACAAUAAGGACCUUGCCAUGGCCAUGAUGCUUUGCAGUUUGGAUCAUUUUGUUUUUAUUUUAUACCCUUGAGUUCUCUUUCAGUAUAUACUAGCAAUUAAUUUGUUCUGUUAUUGGACCUUAUUGAUCUGUUUGCCAUCUACUUAAGAUUCGCAAACUUUUAAAUAAAUGGAACAUUUACAUUUAUU